AUGGGUUGUGGUUCUUCAAAGCCUGCAGGUGCUGCGCCCACUGCUGCUGCACCAACUGCUGCCCCAGAACAGGAAAAGAAACUCGUUUUGCCUCUACCGGCUCACGCAGAAGUUGUAUCCGCGUUUUCUCCAGAACAAGAUGCAAAGUCAUCGCCAGAAAACAUUGUAGAGAGAAGCCUUGAUGAAGUUACUGGGGAUAAGUCUCCUGCACUUGAAGUACCUGGGGAUAAGUCUCCUGCACUGAAAGAGUUAGAAGUAGCCCCAUUCCUCGAUGCUGGAGAGCGAACAUCCCCGUCCAUGCGAAGGCCGGAUUUGGCAGGUGGUUCCCUUGGUGGAGACGGUCUCGAUAAUCUUGAUCAUGUUAUGGCUAUAGUACGACUACGAUGGAUGUCGAUGUAUCCUCUCCUGUUUUCCUCAGUUAACAUGCAAAGAAAUACAACAGCAAUAUCUCUUUCUAUGAAGUAGAUGUCCUAAAAAAGGAGGUGUGAACAAGAACAAGCAAUUAAGUAAGUAGCUGUAGCUCCACUUCUAACCAUCGUGAAAAAGACCUCUCUCCCGGCAGACCAGGACCACAAGGACAGAAAAUUCCUCAGCGGAGUUCUUCCUCAUCAUCCCGUGAUGCUUGGCCAUUUGUUGACGAUUCAGCAGGAGGUGCCUUACCGACGCUGGAGGAUGAGCAAGAGAUACUAGACCAUCUGCUAGGUCAAAGUGCAGCUCUAGAGCCGGUAGACGAGCAUAUUCACGAGAAUGAAGAACGAGUGGAGGAAGUGUUGUCGCGGUUGCGAAGUCGGUCACCAUCUCCGAAAUCGUUUUUGGAUAGUGUUUUGGAAAAAACGCAAGCAGCAGCAGCAGAGCAAUCAAGUCCUUCUCUGAGUGGUCAAUUCAGUCCUCCAGGGGGUGCCCAGUCGCGGCCACGGAGUCGGAGCUAAGGCUUUGGGUUUAACUCACUUACAGAUUGACACGCGAUUGUUUGACCAACCCAUACUGCUUGGCUGGAAUGCUGACCUUCUAGUAGCACAGAAUCUGAGAAAGUAGAUGAAAUGAUACUAGACCAAGAAGAUGAUGUUUUGCACAGCUCUAAUCUACCACAAGAAACCACCAGACCGAGUCCAAGGAGCCUGCGUUUUCGCCGACUAUGGCACAGAAAUACGCGUUCCAGAAAGUGCCGGAUACAGUAGGAUAUGCGCCAGGAAAGCCAGUGACUCAAGCAAAGUCGCGUGCCUUAGAUGCGGCUGAGCGAGAAGCGAAAAUGCGAAAGAAAGGGGAGGACAAUAAAGAAGGUAGUACAAUUUUUGUGAUUGAAUGAUGGAUUUUGAAGAUAAGUCGGGCAUCAUGGGAACGACAAAGUAGGUUAACUAGUACGGGUCAUUAAUACAGUUUUUUCACUUUGCUAACUUACUAUGCAUCAAAAGGUACCAUUCCCCGUGAGCAGCUUUGUGAAGAGCGGAUAGAGGUAGCAGAAGAGCAGUGUGAAAAAGCGGAGGAGGCUGAGCUAAAGAUCGAAGACCUGGGGAAGAAAAAGACGUUUGUCAAAACGGAGGUGGCAAACUUGCAGACUCAGAUCAUUUAAGGCUCAUCUACUUAAAAGGAACUGGCAAAAGUCAUCUUCAUCAACCCGAGCAGUAAAUACUGUCGUCCUGAAAUUAUACAUGGAAAAAAAUGUUCCCAGGAGAAUCCCCGGAACAAGGAAAAGGAUCUGUAGUAAAUCUAAGUAAUGAAUUCUGUUGAACAUCUCUUCUAAUUCCCGCUCGACGCCUUGAGUCCAAAGCGGAAUGGAGGGUAUCUCUCCCCAAAACGGCAGAAGGAAGUUGUACAAGCGAUCAAAACAGGCAGUCCGGUGAGGGAGCUGUUAUCACGUAGCGCCAAGCAGGUUGUGCCUAUGCCUGAAGAACCGGUUGUGUAUUCGCCGAGAGGAUAGAGGAAGCUCGUCUGGGGUGUGGACACAAGAAACAAUGAAAUAUAUAGAACGAAGAUCAGUAUUCAAUUUCAGAAUCAAUACAUUCCUAGAAAUCUACCUCCCAGACAUAAAUGAAUUGAAGCACAAACUCAAACACCAUCAAUAUUGGAGAUCAUCACCUUACUUCCACAAUCCUUUAUCAUCAACAUCAUCUACGUGCUAUCGUUGAAUAGACACUGCACAGUAAAUGUAUGAGUCACGAACUACGAGCAAACACAGACAUGGUGACGUCCGCACUCUACCAGAAGAUGUAACUCAUGAACCAACCCGAAAGAGCAAGGAAUUUGAGAAGCUUGAGGACUCUCAAGACAAU